GAUCAUAAGUGCCUACCAGCUGAUGCAAUCUGCUAAUAUAAAGCUACGACGUGGCCGUGGUGCAAAUCGGAAAUGGAAUUCGAUCUUUUUACUCUGCUUUAUGAGCUUGCUUUACUAGCUGGAAUUCUCUUGAUUGUGGGGAUUGUUUUUGUGUACAUUACUACCCCUCAGCCCAACAUGAAGCGCUUUGAAAGUGAGAAGACCUUUGUUGACCCUCAGAAUAAAGGUCAAAGGUUACCAUUCCCAAGUAUUAAUGACCAACCAACUCUUGCACUCUCGGUUAUUGUACCUUCAUACUUUGAAGAAAAGCGAUUACCUAAAAUGAUGGAUGAAGCUUUAGAAUUCUUGAUUCCAAGACAGAAGCAAGAUAAAUCACAGACUUUUGAGAUCAUUAUAGUAGAUGAUGGAAGCAAAGAUGGCACAACAGAGGUUGCUUUAGAAUAUUCCAACAAGUUUGGUACAGACAUGAUCCGAGUUCUAACAUUAGAGAAGAAUCGAGGGAAGGGAGGAGCCGUCCGAUUGGGCAUGCUCAGUGCUAGGGGUCGUGACCUCUUGUUUGCUGAUGCAGAUGGUGCUACAAAAUUUGCAGACCUUACUCAGUUAGAAAAGAGUAUGCUGGAGCUUAGGAAAAAGGGAGAUAAUGCUAUAGUGUGUGGAUCAAGAGCACAUCUUCAGGAUGAAGCAACAGCAUCGCGUUCUUUGUUCCGAACCAUCCUCAUGUAUGGAUUUCAUUUCUUAGUUUGGUUUCUUUGUGUUCGAGGCAUCAAAGAUACUCAGUGUGGAUUCAAGCUAUUGACAAGAGAAUCAGCUAGAAUACUCUUCCCUAAUAUGCAUGUAGAAAGAUGGGCAUUUGAUGUUGAAUUGUUAUAUAUAGCACAAUACCUUGGUAUGUCAUUAUCAGAAGUAUCCGUCAACUGGGAAGAAAUAGAAGGUACCAAGAUGAUUCCAUUUUUCAGCUGGGCCCAGAUGGGACGAGACCUGAUCCUCAUUAGACUACGCUACCUCUGUGGGUUCUGGAAGAUAGAGCCAAAACCUAAAGCCGAUUAGUUCCAACCUUGGUGGUUCAAAUCUUUGUGAUGUAGUCCUAUAUACUUUGCAUGUCAGCAAGACCAAGGGGCCAGUUUCACUAACUCUGUCAUAAGACUUAGGUCUUUGAUAAGCCAUAGAAACAUGCGUUGUAGAAUUGACACAUGUUUUUAUGAGGUGCCCGUGAAUUGCAGACUUGUGACGGUUUUGUGAAAUUAAACAAUGUAGGCCAUGUCUUACAGGGUACAAAAUCUUGUGGGUUUACAAGAUUCUCUCUGUUUACAUGUGGUUGGUAGCUUUAUCAACCCUUGAGUUUGUUCUGCAGACUGUUUGUUAAUAUUCCAAAAUAAAGAUAUUUUUGUAGCCGAGUAUAUCAUCAUGGUCCUGAUCAUUUUACAAAUUACAAUUUAACGAUGUUAUUUCUUCUCUUUGCCCAAAUAAAAACUUUGAAGAAGAUUUAAACCUAGAUUCAGAAUAAGAAAUGUCAUUCUAUGAUUUGCCAGGAGAUGCCAACUAUUACUUUUUCCACAUUGUUUAGUGCAGGGUUGUUUGUUGAAAGAUACCUUUUGUUUCAUGGACAAGUUUGGGUGUUUCUGCCAAAACUUAGCCUUUUCAGCCAUCAGAAUUCUGUAUUGCAUUUUUAUCCACCUGCAGAUGAAUGAUGACUCACUAUUUCAAGUAAUUAAAUUAUUUGAAAACAUGAAGAUUCAUUUCUUACCCAAAGUAAAUAGCAAGAUAAUUUUUGAAGAGGUUAGUGAAACCCACCUGUUUGAAAAAUAUAAUGUGGCGGAGCUAAUAAACCUCAUAUCUCAAAAUUUAAAAAUGUUGAGAGCAGCUUAGAAAAGGCUGUAUUUGAAAAAUAUAGCAAUGGUUGCCGUCUCAUAUUGUCUAAAAACAGUCUCCUGAUACCUAUGAGGGGUCUUCCCACGAGGCCGAGGGUCCAAAUCGUAUUUUAUUUUAUCAGGACGUUUGUCUUCAUUGUUAAUCAACAGUUGCGGAAGUGUGAUGAAGACUUUAAGUUAAAAAUUCAUUAUUGUUUAAUCACAAACCAACUCGAUUCGGUUUGAAUUUGAAUCUUUUAGAUAAAUUUCUUUCUAAUAUCAAAUAAUUUUCAUUCAAUUCUUGAAAUUAUAAUCUAUCCAGAAUUUGGCAGUUCAAAGCUGAUCAUUCUUCCAAAUUGGUAUAUUUAACUUUGUCAGCUUAUGUUUGUCUAUAUCUUGCUGGUGUGAAAUGGAAUAAAAUCUACAUUCCAAGAAAAAAAACGUAACCGAUAAAUAAUAACAAUAAGAACAUGUUUAAAACUAAAUUAUACAAUUUUUACGAAGAAUAAACAGCUGAAAAUGGAUUCAAUGGCCACAUUUUUUAAUGACGGGUAAGUGAGAUGAUAUACUCGAGUAUAAAUCAUGUUGUCCCGAUUUUCCAACGCUUCACCAAAUUAAUGUCUGUUAUCAUCUGCAACUUCAUUGGAGAAAAUGCUUAGCAGAAACGUUUCCACUGAUGUAGACAAACAUCCUAAUGAAAGAAAAUACACUAUAAGAAAAAUCGGCCCCUUGAGAAAAAUAAUCGGCCUUGUUGACCCUCGGCCUCAUGAAUCCUUGGACUCGUGGACCCGCCCCACCUGUGAAGAACUCUUUCGAGGCAAAAGAAGGUUGCUACCCAUGUUAUAAGUCUAAAAUCCAGCCUAUUCUGUCAUCAAAAUUGUUAAAUUUUGAUAUACGAGGUUUUAUCAGACCAGCCACAAUAAGUAUUUAACUCUAAACAGCUUUAUUUUAUGCAGAGGUACAGAGCAAUAUCAUAUAGCUCUUGGGAAGUUACUAUCAUGGUAACUGUUGUUAUGUGAAGAGAUUUAUUAUUUUUAUGUGAGGCGUAUAUGUUUUUGUUGCUGAUAAUUAUAUAAUGAACAAGGAUUAUUGUAAUGAGAUAUAUUCAGGAUGUAUACUUGAAGUGCAUUGUAGAAGAUAAACCAAAGACCUUUCUUUGUGUAAAAUUGCUUUCAUUUGAAAAUAUAGAGAUAUGUCAAGCAUAUUCAUGAAAGGAGCAAAUUAAAAACUUUAUUAAAACUAAAAUGAUUACUCUUCAUUGUAUAUUACAGGUAUUAAGUAUAUAGUAAUCAUGUUUUAAUGAACUUUUAUUAAGUUAUUUGUUGAAACUCUCUGACCGUCCACUAACAAAAUUAAAGCUAAUUUGGAAUUUGUUCAUUUGAAUUCAUGUUUUACUUCUCUAAUUGUUCUGGUCUUCAUCAUGAUUUCAGAUCUAGAUUGACAUUUAUUUCAUCCACUAAAAUGAACAUUUUGGCUUUAAGGGAAUUCUCUCUUUAUUCAAAAUCUGUGUAACUUUUAAAAUCUCAAGGCUGAAGAAGAAAUUGGUGGGUACCUAAAAGAAAGCCUUAAUCGGAAAGAUGAAAUAUAACAUUCAAAUCCCUCUUACAGGAAAUAUGUGAAUAAAGUUAUUUUAUUUUCUACCAUUAUGUGUAAUGAGCAUUAAUCUAGAGUAUCAUGACAAUAUUUUUUUUUACUAUAUCUGAUACCGAUUCUCCUUCAUGGAAGUUUGCAUUUUAAUUUGAUAAUGUUCCUUUAAGAACUGGUCUUUUUGUGAUAAGCCAGCAGAUUUAUUGUUUUUCUGUAAGUUCAAGUAUGACACUAGCAUUCCAAAGAAGAGAUGUCAUUUUAUUGAGAGACUGAAAUCUUUCAUUACAAUCUUGGAAGGAAUGUUUAAUAAUAAAAAAGGUAAUUCUUCUUUUCACUAUUUUUUACUCAAAUUUGCAAAAAUAUUAAUGGCUAUCACUUGACUUGCCCAGUUGGAUGAUGUUUCUUGACUAGUUAGUAGAUUGCCCCCAGUCCUUGGGGUAAAUACUUUUUAAUUCUCUUCACAUCAAUGCAGUGUAAAUUUGAAUUACCUUAAAAAACCUUUAUGGAAGCAUCGUGGUGUAGUGGUUCUGACUCCUGUCUCCUAAUACGAGGGACUUGGAUUCAAGUCCUACUCAAUAGGUUGAUUUUCUUCUCUAAGAAAUUCAUGAUUUGCCAUACUCAACCCAGGUGAAGUAAAUGGAGACCCAGCAGGAAUUUAUUAAUUGAAAUGCUGAACAUAUAACACCAACUCUGUUAAAGCCAGGGUAAUUAUGCUGUAGUUAUUGUAGAGCGCUUUGAGACUUCUGAUAAAGAGGUAUUAAGCACUACAUAAGCAAGUAUACAUACUGGUAUUUUGAAAUAAUUGUGAAAUGUUUCUAAGUGUAGACAAAGGUUACACACAGUAGCUCACUGGUUCAAAACGGUGUCUGAUGAUCAGAGGGGUGUAACAUUGAAGAUACAAUCUAUUGCACUAUUAAGUGUAAUACGUCUAUGGGAAACUAUGUAGGAAAAGUUAUAAUCGAUUGUAAAUAUCAAGUGUAAAUAUCAAGAGGUGCCGUGGCCGAGUGGUCUAAGGCGCCUGGCUUUACAUAGAAAAUCCGGGGUUCGAUCCCCGGCCGCGGCACCUAUGCCCGUGAGCAAAGUAUUUAAUGUACAAUGCUCUUUUAUCCUGCUUUCAAAUAAAUGGAAAUGCUAUAUGCAUUAUUGGUAACUUGG